AUGGCGGGAGUGGAGUUGGCUUUGCCUAGGCACUUGACCUACUCGAAGUCGAAGAUCCCGAUUAUAGGGGCUUUGAUUGACUAUAUGGAGACCAGUUUCGAGUAUCUACGGCGUAAGACGUUUGCUCAGGCGGAGAAGCUGCAUGCAAAGGCGUCUCGAGCGACGCUGUCAGCAACCUUCAUGGCUGCUGUCUGUCUGAUGCUGGGGCUGGCAACCAAUAUAAAGUUUGAAGUAGUGACCUUCGACGAAGAGCCUUUGGUCAACGAUCUACACUUCAUGCUACUGAGCAAAGAAGACAACUUGUACAUCGAUGAUAUUGACGUGUCUAGAGUGAUGUGGUGUCUGGAAAUGUCAGAUUUGGUCGUCGUCGUUGUUAGCGCUCUAUUGGUUUGGAACAGCUCAAAUGUGAGGUCCCCACUGAGCGAGUACCUGUUCCUGCCGUGGCUGGGCGCGACCCUGCGCGGCCUGUUCCUGCGGCAGGCGCCCACGGCCAGUGCACUGCUCUACACCAUGGCCGUGGUGAACGGGAACGUCAACCCGCUCUUCCUCACCGCCUUCUCCUUCCUUUUCUUGCUAGAAGCGCGGCUUUGGCUGGAAGUGGCUCGGCUGGUGCGCGCGCGGUGGGAACGGCGUGACCACAACUUGACUGCAGCAGCAGUCGAAGUGGAGACGCUGUGGAGCAACGAUGACGUCCAGAGUGUUGAGGUCCGCAACUAUUUCUAUUAGGAAUAGCAUCGUUAGUGGAGGAACCUGUGGUGGGCUAGGAUUUUUGGUUUGGCUUCGGUUUAAUACUCAAAAAUAACAGUUCAUGGCAAUAGCUACUAUAACUUAACUGAAAUUAUAAAUAACAGAAUUACGUUGUGCAGUGAAACUUAAAAAAACUUAUUUAUUUUCAAAAAAUAACAUAUCGAUAGAAGAUAACGAUCUUGGCUGAAAUUAUACUUUCGAUUCUGCUCCGCACCAUCCGAAUCCCCUGGCAGUUGCGGCUUCCGAAUACAUCCCGCUCAGGGACGAUAUUGAAAAGUAUCGGCGUCCGAAGGACGUAAUAUACGAUCCAGACGACCCGAUUACUCUAGCCAUAGAGACGGCCAAUCAGCUCGCGACAUCAAACACUUCAAGACCCCCGAUACCGACCCCACCGGCGUGGUCGACGAUUUCUUCCAUUCAACGCUUAUCGUUAUCGACUCACUAGGGACGAUUAAUUAUUUCAAAUAUUCUUCAGACUCAGACGACACCCUGAGCUGAGGUUUGCGCCCACCUGGGCACCCUCAGGCCUUUGUCUUAAAUUUUGUAGUGGGUGAGAGCCCUCAGCGCUCCCCAUUUUUCCGGCCAAUUAGUUAAUGCCAUCUGCGGCAAAUCUACAAUAAGUCACGUCAAAAAAAAAUUUGAAAUUAUACCAUGAGCGAUGAUGGUCGGUGAACUUAUUUUUCCAUUCACCUGGCGAUGGAUAUACCUCUGACUAUUCCAAUUGGGAUUAUAGUCGUGAUCUUUAUGUUACCUAUGUAUAUUCUGUUACAAUGAGUUUGGUCUCUCUAUGUAAAAUUAUUCCCGUUCAUUUGUGUUGUUUAGUUCUCGAAAACAACAGAUUGCUUAAUGAUAAAUUACGAAAUAAUAUUGUUUUUUUACUAGGUGUAGUAAAAAGGUGUAGGUAAUAUUGUUUUUAAUACAUGGUGUUACUAUCAAGUGGAAUUUUCCGUCGCGAAAUUCAUGUCUUGUUUUGUUUUUUAAAUUAUUUCGAAUCACUUUUGCGAUGGAAAAUUCCACUUAAUAUUUACUCAGAAUAAUGAGCUGAAUCAUCCUCUUCAGUAUGUGUUACGAUGUCACAUGAGAUGGAUGAUUCAGGCCAUGAUUCUGAGUUGAUACCAAGUCAAAUUACCUGUCAGAAAAAUGAAAUAUUAUUGUCUUUUUUAAAUUAUUUUCAGUUGUAUACUUUUGCGACGUUGAAUAUCACUUGAUAUCAACUCAGAAUCAUGGUCUGAAUCAUCCCCCUCAUGUGAUAUCGUAAUACAUACUAAGGGGGAUGAUUCAGGUCCUUAUUCUGAGUUAAUAUUAAGUGGAGUAUUCGUUACGAUGUCACUAACGCCCUGUAUAUCAUAGCUUUACAUGAUAUCUUUAUUACAAUAGAUUUGGAUCUUAUCGUUAUAGUCCGAUAGCACUUUGUGGCUUGAGCUCUUCUGAAAAAUUUUGUCAAUGAUUACCAGCUUAUACGUAAAUACGUAUUUUAUAUACAUUAUCUGCAUAGACUUAAGCCUAUUUCCCACCUCGAUAAACAGAUAGUAUGGAACUCCUCCAUGUACCUUUCCCCCUGCCCUCUUGCUUGGAUCCUGACAUAAUUCUCUUGCUUCUUGCUUACAAAACCUUUUUAAGGACAUCCCUUCUAGGUCCUUCCAGGUCUUCCUCUGCCACCUUCGCCUUGUAUACCGCUUUUGUAAUCCUAUUAUCCUUUAUUCGCUUUACGUGACCAAACCAUCUUCUGUCUAUCACCUUUUACACCACAAUUCUGUCAUGAUUAUUUUCAUGAUUUUUCCGCCGUACCCAAUACUCGUACUUCAAAGUACAUUUUUAUACAUUUACCGUUUAGUAGUUUUAUCUUUUAUUAAUUUAAUGUUUUCUGAAUUUAAAAAUUGUAGCAAUCUCUCGCUUCGCUCUGAAGGUAUUGCCCAAUAUUUUGUAAUCAAUCUUUCGUCAUUAUGGUUUUCGAUAAAAACUUGUCGGUUGAUGGUAUCGAUGAUAAUGCAGUAUAUUUUGCAAUAACAAGGAGUCUUUUGCAUUUAUCGAUACAUUUUUAUGGGAAAGAUGUAGGUUCCUCCUUACAUUAUCAUUUGGGAAUAUCUAGUGCCAAUAGUGCACUAAUAAAUUGUGAUUUAUUUGUAUAUUAACAAGAUUAUUUAUUCUGUAUUCAUGUGUUAUGUCUGAUUGUUGAAAUUCUAGUUCUGUGCAAUAAAGUAUAUUUGAUUUGA